GCAGGGGGGCAGGAUUGGGCCCCACGCAGCGGGGCAGUGCUUGGCGUGAUGGGGCAUGCAGGGAUCUGCCUCGAAGCCUGUCCCUUCCCCCGGGAAUCUCCUCCUCGCUCCCAGGAGCCCCAGGAUGACUCACGCGGCACCUCGGCACCGGGCGAUGCGCUCCUGCCGCAGGCGAGCACCGACCGAGCGGCGGCCUGGCCUCUGCUGGGACGUCCCCAGGGCGACCGGCACUCCUCGGGCUGCUGCUGCGAGCUUGCACGGGAAAGGUGAAAGCUGGAUUUUGUGUCCCCAGUCCUGAGUCCGAGCCUCCCUGGCUCCGUCCGACCCCACGGAUCAAGGCAGCGAGAAGGGAGCUCCAGGUUAGCUAACAGGACCAGGGGACCAUGAACUGGGGGGUAUUUGAGGGGCUCCUCAGCGGGGUCAACAAGUACUCCACGGCCUUCGGCCGCAUCUGGCUCUCCCUCGUCUUCAUCUUCCGCCUGCUGGUCUACGUGGUGGCGGCCGAGCGCGUCUGGAGCGACGACCACAAAGACUUUGACUGCAACACGCGGCAGCCGGGCUGCACCAACGUCUGCUUCGACCACUUCUUCCCCGUCUCGCACAUCCGCCUGUGGGCCCUGCAGCUCAUCCUGGUGACCUGUCCCUCCCUGCUGGUCAUCAUGCACGUGGCCUACCGCGAGGCCAAGGAGCAGAGGCGCCACGCCACUGCGGGGAGCGACUACCGCUGCCUCUACCCCAACCCCGGCAAGAAGCGGGGUGGGCUGUGGUGGACCUACCUGCUCAGCCUCAUCUUCAAGGCUGCCGUGGACAUAAUCUUCCUCUACAUCUUCUACCGCUUGUACAGGAACUACACCCUGCCCUCCGUGGUGAAGUGCGAGCUGCCCCCGUGCCCCAACAUCGUGGACUGCUUCAUCUCCCGGCCCACCGAGAAGAACAUCUUCACCAUCUUCAUGGUGGUCACCACCUGCAUCUGCAUCGCACUCAGCCUGGUCGAGGCCACCUACCUGAUCGGCAAGCGGUGCUGCGAGUGCCUCCAGGCCCGCAGCGGGGAGAGCUGCCAGCACAGCCGGGACUGCACGCUCUCCUGCGCCGAGCCUGAGGACACAGGGGGGCAGGGUUUCCCCCCGGGGGACUGCAAGCCCCCCACGACCUCUAUCCCCAAAACCUCCGUCCCCACAGCUUCCAUCUCCAGAGCCUCCAUCUCCACAACCUCCAUCCCCACAGCCUCCAUCUCCACGGCCUCCAUCUCCACAACCUCCAUCCCCACGGCCUCCGUCCCCACGGCCUCCAUCUCCACAACCUCCAUCCCCACGGCCUCCGUCCCCACGGCCUCCGUCCUCACGGCCUCUGUCCCCACGGCCUCCGUCCCCACGGCCUCCGUCCCCGUGCCCGAGCAGGAGCAGGUUCCUCCGUAGGGCUGCCCGUAGCCGCCUGCCUGCCCCAGCCCCUGCUCCUCCAGGUGGGACCCUUCAAAGUCCUGGUCAUGGGAGUGCCGGGGGGGGCUGCACCGUUGAGGUGGGGUCAGCCUCUCCCCUCCAUAGGGGCAAGGCACUUUGUGUUAUUCUGAUGAAUUUAGGAUAAAAAGAGGUGCUGCAGGACGUGUGGGUGCUCUCUGAGAGCCAGCAGGUGCUGCAAGGUGAGGGACGAGCAGCUCCAUGGCAGCUGGGAGCCAGCACUGAGCGCUGAGUGCGAGCCUGUCCCAGCUGGGGCUGGCUUAGCCGAUCCUGAGUAUAUCCCUGCAGUGAAUAAAACUUUCUGUCUCUACGAUGUGACAGACAAAUUAGUGGUUUUCCUGCUUUUGGGGCACAAAACUUCAUGGGAGCUCUUGUGCCGAGAGGGGUGCAAGAACCGUGUCACACACACCCCCCCCCCCCCAAAACACAUUGUCCCCACCACCAGCAAAGGGCUCGUGCUUGUGUCCAGGACCCAGAUGUGGGCCACAGCACUGAGCAAGGUGGACAGCUUCUUUACCCCCCUGUAACCACAGGCUCUAUAAAAAUUUAAUAAAUUCU